AUGGACAACAAACCACCACUCCCUGCCAACGUGGCGCCGAUUACGGCCCCGGAUAUCCUAUCUCCCGAGCAAUGGGAGGUCCUGUUGUCAAUCUGCGACACUAUUAUACCAUCAAUUGAACAUGAUGAUCGUGGCCCUUCCCACAGCUCGUCGCCCGAUGCCAGCGACGACGACAAGGCAUCUUUAAUCAAAGCCUACUAUCAUGAGAGCGCUUCCGAAAUCCCAGAGCUGCGAGACUUGCUGAAAAGACUUUUCAACAUUGUCCUUAAUCCUACCGAGAGAGCCCAAUUUUCUCGGAUGCUCACUCUUCUGAGUGGUACUCACAUCGAUGUCGGUAGCUACUCUGCCGCCUCGUUAUUACUCACAGGCCGAGUUACAGUAUUCUCCAAACAGCCGCUGUCUAUCCGACAAGAGAUCUUGGAGGGCUGGGCACAAUCCCGCCUCCCCCAAAUUCGACUCUUCCAGCGAACUAUGGCGUUGGUCACCAAGAGUCUGUGGGUUCGAACCAGCCCCAACCUCCGCCCGCUUAUCGGACUGCCACGGGUACCCAUUGAUGGCAAGGUUGGGGAAGGGUUCGAUUUCAACUUCAUACAGAUACCGCCUGGCUCCGAGCCAGCGGUGAUCGAGACCGACGUAGUCAUCGUCGGCAGCGGCUGUGGCGGCGGAGUCUGUGCAAAGGAGCUCGCAGAAGCUGGGUUCAAUGUGAUAGUGGUUGAAAAGGGCCACUACUGGCCCCCCAAGUAUCUGCCCAUGGACGAUAUCCAAGGUCCAUGCCAGCUUUUCAUGAACGAGGGCCAGAUUAUUUCGGAUGAUGGCUCAGUCGUCGCUUUGGCCGGCUCAACCUGGGGAGGGGGGGGCGCCAUCAACUGGAGUGCCUCAUGGCCAGUGCAACCUUAUGUUCGGCAGCAAUGGGCUGAUACGGGCUUGCCUCUUUUCACCUCUGAAAAGUUCCAGGAAUCAGUGGAUCGAGUGUGCGCCACAAUGGGCGUCUCUACUGAUCACAUCAAGCAUAACAAACCGAACCUCAAGCUUCUGGAGGGAUGUAAGACCCUCGGCUGGAAGUGUUCUGCUUUAGGACAGAACACUGGUGGCCAUGAACAUAGCUGUGGUCAUUGUCAUAAUGGCUGCCGGUCUGCUGAGAAGCAGGGUCCCGGAGUCGCAUGGCUGCCCAAAGCCGCAGAGGCCGGAGCUCGGUUUAUCGAAGGUCUGAUGGUGAACAACAUCGAGUUCGACGAUACUGAAGGACAGAAAGUGGCCAAGGGGGUACGUGGAGUCUGGACCUCUCGUGACGAGCAUGGGGGUGUAGCGGGCAAGCCAACCACAACACGAGAGGUGUUCAUCAAAGCCGAGAGAGUCAUUGUCUCGUGUGGUAGUCUGCAAUCACCACUACUCUUGAUGAGGUCGGGUCUAACCAACCCGCAGAUUGGCAGGAACCUGUACUUGCACCCUGUCACUCUGGUCGGCGGCAUCUAUGAAGAAGAGAUAAGGCCAUGGGAGGGCUCGAUUCUCACCACCGCAUGUACCGAAUUUGAAGACCUAGAUGGUGAGGGCCACGGUGUCAAGGUAGAAGUCAUGAACACACUGCCCAACACAUGGUUGACCUGGUCUCCCUGGGAGAAUGGCCAGCAGUUCAAGAAACUGGCUUCCCAAAUGGACCACCUCGCCGGCUUUGUCAUUGUUCACAGAGACAAGAUUACAGGCAGAGUCUACCCUGAUCCAGUGGAUGGUCGCUGUCGCAUAGAGUAUAGUCCCUCGCCAUCCGACAGGCAAAUGAUUCUACAGGGAAUCAUGCGAACGGCACAACUGUGCUAUGAGACAGGAGCACAGGAGAUCUUCACCAUUGUUCCCGGAUUCAAACCCUUCGUUCGGACAAGCGAUACCACCAAAGAUCAAUUCGAUGAUUGGGCUCGCGGUAUCCUCUCGCACGGAUUACCAACUCCCCAGUCCUACUUUGGGUCCGCCCAUCAAAUGGGUACAUGCAGAAUGUCUACUUCUUCGGAUAAAGGGGUGGUCGGACCUGAGGGCCAGGUUUGGGGGACAAAGGGUCUGUAUGUUGCUGAUGCCAGCGUCUUUCCCACUGCCAGCGGAGUUAACCCUUCUGUGACCACAUACGCAAUAGCAGACUUCAUCGCCAGGUCAAUCGUAACUGAAAGGAACCAGCCCGCCGAAAGGAAAUAG